GUUGAUGUAGAGAUAGUUAAAUCAGAUACAGGGCUGGAAUAUAUACAGGAUGCUGGGGAAUAUGAGACUAUAUUUGUUGUUAGUAGUUUUGAAGGCGAUGUGUACCAGAAAUUACAUCGUGGUGAGGCUAGAAUUCUUGGUCCAUCAUCUGUUAUUAAAUGUUCAAAAAAUAAAGAGCCAUUUCCAUUUUCACAAAGACCGUUAUACUGUUCUUCUAUGAAUGGUUUAGUCAUAUGUUUUACUGGUUUUAAGAAACGAGAACAGUUGUGUCAUCUGGUAGAUUUAGUACAUCAUAUGGCUGGUAGUGUUAGAAAAGAUAUCACAUCUAAAGUUACACAUCUUGUAGCUAACUGUACAGGUGGUGAAAAAUAUAGGUUUGCAGUAAGUAUAGGAACUCCCAUCAUGUCAGAAGAUUGGGUCUAUCGUGUCUGGGCUGAAAGAGAUAAUACAGAAAUGAAAGCUGACAGUGAGAAAAUGAUGUCUUACAGAGUUAAACCAUUCUAUGAAUGUUGUUUAAGUUUUAUUGGUUUCUCAACUGAAGAACAAAAACAUAUGGAAGAGUUAACUAUAGAAAACGGAGGAACAUAUUGUGCUCUAGGCAGUGAUGAAUCUACACAUUUAGUAGUAGAUGAACAUGCUAUAAAAGAAUUACCUUCUAUAGAUAAUUUACCUGUCCAUGUUGUUAGAGGAGAGUGGUUUUGGGGAUGUAUUCAAAUGGAAGCCUGUGCUGAUGAAACCAUCUACACCUUUCAGAAGGUAUCGGCACCAAUGGCGGGUAUAUCAUCAGGCAGUAAUCUAUCUGGUUCUAAGUCACGGAAACGUAAAAGACUUAAAGAACUGGUCCAAGAAGGAGAACAGGAAUCGCCUUAUCUAGCUAUCAAACGAAGAUCUAGUGAAGUAGGUGGUAUGUCCAUGAGUCCCAACUCUUUCCUAGAUGCGUCACAUACACCUGAUAAAUCAGAUUACAUAGCAGGUACGUCAUAUAAAACAGUAUCAACAAGUAAUAAUAAAAUAUCACCUAGAUUACAAGUUGUUAUGGAAUUAUUACAAACAGAAAAAAAUUAUGUUGCAAUAUUAAGUACCAUUUUAUCUACAUUUAAAAGUCAAAUUGAGAAACCAGACCAGUAUAAUGGACCAUUGUUAAGUCAACAACAUAGUAAGAUAAUAUUUGGUAAUAUACCACCUAUAUAUGAUAUACAUUGUAAAAUCAGAGAUAGAAUUGGUAAACUAGUAGAGAAUUGGAAUGAAGAUUGUUCUGUUGGAGAUGUUAUUAUAGAUAAUGCUGAAGAGUUGACCAGGGCUUAUCCCCCUUUUAUCAAUUUUUUUGAUAAAACCAAAGAAACCAUUACCUUAUGUGAUAAAACUAUACCAAGAUUUCAUGCUUUUCUCAAGGUUUGUCAAAAUAAACCUGAAUGUGGUAGACAGACAUUGACAGAAUUACUAAUUAGACCAGUACAGCGGUUACCAAGUGUAGUGCUAUUAUUAAAUGAUAUUUUAAAAAGAACAAAUGUAAAUAAUGCAGAUCAUGGUAAAUUAGAACAAGCUAUAAAUGUUUUAAAAGAAGUCAUGACGCAUAUUAAUGAAGACAGAAGGAAAACAGAAAGUCAAGUUGUUAUGUUUGAUAUUAUUAAUGAUAUUGACAAUUGUCCUGCUACAUUAUUAUCAUCACAUCGUCAGUUUACUAGUAAAAUAGAUGUUAUAGAAUUAUCAGAUACACUGAGUGGACGUGGUGAUAGUUUAACAUUGUUUUUAUUUACUGAUAGUAUAGAGAUUUGCAAGAGAAGAUCAAAAUAUAUGCAUACCCAGAAAAGUCCAGCAGCCUUACGAACACCUCAAAAAGCUUACAAACAUUUAGAAAUACUACCAUUGUCCUCUAUAAAACGGGUAUUAGAUGUGGCAGAAUCUGAAGAUUGUCGGUGUGCUUUUGCUUUUAUUAGUCGUAAUAAUUCUGAAUUUAAAGAUAAAUUAUAUAGUUUUAUGUUAGAAUCAGAAGAGGUGAACAAGUCUGAAAUGUUGACGUCUCUGUCUAAAUGUUUAGCUAAUACAUUGUGUAGACCUGAUUAUGAAACAUUAAUGGCCAGUGUUAAAGGUGAAGAAUUAAAUAUCAAUACCAAAGAAUUAAAUAAUAAAAUCAAAAAGGCUGUCAAGAGAGUAAGUCGAGCGUUCUCCUUCAAUAAAACACCAGGUAGAUUACGAAGGGCUAUA